AUGGGAAAAGUAAUGGGCUCUCCUAAAUUUCCCAUCGGCCCGUUUUCUAAAUCGAUGGGAAAAAUUUCUGCAACCCCAACGCCGCCCUCCCACCGCUGCAUCUCCGCUGCUUCCCGCGACGCCGUCUCGCCCAGCCGCUACCAUUUCAGCCGCGACACUAUUUCAGCCGCGACAUCUACGCUCCUUCCCGCAACGCCGUCUCGCCUAGCUGACACCGUUUUCAUUGCCACUACCUUGAGUGCUAGAGGUCUUCGAGUUGCCGUUGUCGAAAGGAAUGUGUUGAAAGGGAGAGAACAAGAGUGGAACAUAUUAAGAAAGGAGCUUUUGGAACUUGUAGAAGUUGGAGUUUUGGAAGAAGAUGACAUUCAAAGAGUCACAUCAGCAAAAUUUAAUCAUAAUAGAUGUGGAUUUGAAAGGAAAGGAGAUAUAUGGGUCAACAACAUUCUUAAUCUCGGUGUUUCAUCUGCCAGGCUUAUAGAGAUUGUAAAGAAACGUUUUAUCUCCCUUGGCGGAGUCGUUUUCGAGGGUUUAAGUGUCUCUUGCAUAAAUGUUUACGAUGAUGCUGCAGUCCUAAAACUUUCCGGGGACAAUAUCUUGUCAUCUCGUCUUAUAAUUGAUGCCAUGGGGAACUUUUCGCCUAUUCUAAAACAGAUAAGACGAGGGAGAAAGCCUGAUGGUGUUUGUCUAGUUGUUGGAACCUACACACGCGACUUUGAAAAUAACUCGCUUAGUGAUGUGAUAUUCAGCAGUUCAACUGUAAAGAAAGUAGGAGAUUCAAAAGCACAAUAUUUUUGGGAAGCAUUUCCAGCAGGUUUAGGUCCACUUGAUCGUACUACUUAUAUGUUCACUUAUGUAGAACCUCAACCCGGAUCCCCGAAAUUGGAAGAAUUGUUGGAAGAAUACUGGGAUCUUAUGCCAGAAUAUCAGUACCAAUCCGAUGAUGUUCCUGGAGAUUUUAUCAACGAACUUCUUUAUGCCAAUUUUAGGUGUAUGCAGAGGCUUGGGGAUCCGGUGCUACGACCAUUUCUGCAGGAUGCCGUACAAUUUGGGCCACUUUCAAAGACACUAGGGUUGGUUAUGUUAACAAGGCCUCAAAUACUCCCAUCCAUAUUCAAACAGGUUGGUAUUCCUGUACUGCUUGAUUGGUUCAGACAUUUUCUGAUGCUUGGUUACUACACCUUUCUCGCAACCUUUGUUGAUCCUAUUGUGAGGCCAUUAAUAAAUACACUACCAUCCAAGACGAGUUUCCAGUGGAAACGACAUCUCGAGGCUUGGAAAUAUGGAUCAGGUCUAGAUUACAAGCUAUAGGAACUACCUUUAACAAUGAGGGUUUAGCGCAAUUGGUCAGUACAUAGUGUGUGAGU